AUGAAGGGGUCUGUUUUGUUGGCUGCGGCGUGUGCGUCGACGGCUGUGUUUGCGGAGGAGCGGGUCAAGCCUAGGGCGCUGGUGACGAUUGAGGUUGCGCCUGGGGAGACGAGGCAGAUUACUGAGGAGGAGAGGUGGGACUUGACUGCUAACGGUGGAUGCGGAGCCCACUUCUUCGAUAUAUCCACCACGCACGCCGAACCCAUCGAGGUAAAAGCCCACGCGCCCUACCCAUCCACCUUCUCCUACCAAGAGAAUGUCAAACGCCUGUUUCCCAAACUCAACUGGGACAACAUCCUCAAGAAUCUGGAGCACUACACCACCUACCCCACGCGCUUCUCCGAGACAGAAACGGGUGCCCAAGCCGCAGACUGGCUGCUCACCCAAGUCCAAGACGUAGUCUCCACAUCAGGAAAGCAGGGCGUGACCGCCGCAGCAUUCCCCCACGCUGCCUGGCCCCAAGACUCCAUUGUCGUGACCAUUCCCGGCCGCACCAACAAGACUGUCAUCGUAGGCGCCCACCUCGAUUCCGUGAACAGUGCGAAUCGCACAAGGGGCCGCGCCCCAGGCGCCGACGACAACGGCACCGGCUCCUUUACCAUCCUCGAGGCACUGCGCGUGCUCCUUAGCGACGAUGAGAACUUUGGCGCCGGGAAGUUGGAGAAUACAGUCGAGUUCCAUUGGUAUGCUGCCGAGGAAGGCGGGCUCCGCGGCAGUCAGGACAUUUUCACACAGUAUGCGGCGGCGGGACGCGAUGUCUGGGCCAUGUUGAACCAGGAUAUGACGGGUUACUCCAAGGCGACGUUGGAUGCGGGCAAGCCCGAGAGCUUUGGGCUGAUUACGGAUUUUACGGAUGCCGAGUUGAAUCAAUACAUGACCCGUGUGAUUGAUGAGUACACGGAUAUCACGCAUGUCGAAAGUACGUGCGGCUAUGCGUGCUCGGAUCAUGGAUCUGCCACGCGAAGUGGGUACCCGUCGUCUUUCGUGUUUGAGGCGGCUUUUGAGUAUCGGAAUCCGCACAUCCAUACGCCCAAUGACACGAUUGACAAACUGGACCCAAAGCACGUGCUGCAGCAUGGACGGUUGGUGUUGGGGUUCAUCUACGAGCUUGGGUUUAGCGCAGCGUCGUAG